GAUGGACUAAACAAAUUCCCUAAUGCAAACAAACAAGACAAUCAAACAAAUAAAUGACUUAAUACCAGGCCCCGUUUUUCUCCAGCUUUCCCAGCUCACCACACAGGAAAUGACGUUUUGCCUCCACCUCCUGCCCAUCACAGCUCAGGAGGUCCAGUCUAAUCUAGCAGGGUGGCCCUUUAAACACCACUAAGAAAAAAGCCUUACAGCAACCAAAAAAAACAACAACCAGUGCAUCUUUUUCAAAGCUUUUUUUAAAAACAAAUAAUAAUUAAAAUGGCUCAGCUGCAGGCCUGUUUGCAGCCCGACAGCAGCAGCCACCGUCUGCAGAUCGGAUAGGAGCGAAAGGACUUUGAGUGACUGCAGGUUUGCAUUGAGCCAGCGUUACGCAGCUGUCUGAAACCAAAGCUAACACGGCUAUCGCUUUGGCACAUGAUACUGGACUGCACGUUGCACAGGGGGAAAAAAGACUACAUUUAGAAGGAAAAAAAAAAAAAAAAAAAAAAAAGCGACCUGACGUUUAAAAAUGGAGAAAGAAGAGGCCGACCGGCUGAUUGAGAAGGCGAAGCUGUGUUUACGGUCCGGACGGAAAGAUCGGGCUCUGCAGCUGCUGUAUGAAGCCCAGAAUAUUCACCCCAGCACCCGGGCCAGAGUGCUGAUAGAUGCCAUAGUGAGGAAUGGAGGCACCGCUGAUCCACAAGCAAACCACGUGCCGCCGCCAACAGGCUGGGGAGACGAGGACAUCAGCAAAAAUGAAACGAGUAACGUAGGUGGUGAUGACAAGAAGACCUACACCGAGGAUCAACGGCAGGGUGUUCUCAGGAUAAAGAAUUGCAAGGACUUUUAUGAAAUCCUCGGUGUUACCAAAAAUGCCAGCGAUGAAGAUUUGAAGAAGGCGUACAGGAAGUUGGCCCUCAAGUUUCACCCCGACAAGAACUUUGCUCCAGGAGCCACGGAUGCUUUCAAAGCGAUAGGCAAUGCAUACGCAGUGCUGAGCAAUCCAGAGAAGAGGCAGCAGUACGAUCAAUACGGAGAUCAAUCUGCAGCUUCGAGCGCACCCCAACAAUCCAGCCACAGUCGCCAUGGAUACUACCGGAGCUUCAACAGAGACUUUGAGGCCGACAUUUCUCCCGAGGAACUCUUCAAUAUCUUCUUCGGGGGAAGGUUUCCAACAGGAAAUAUCCACGUGUACACCAACCAGGGAGCCUCCUACUCUCAGUUCUAUCAGCCUCGUCGUCGACGCGCUUUUGAGAGGCGCGAGGAGGUGGUGGAGGAAAACCAGAGUCAGAACACCUUCACAGCGCUGCUGCAGCUUCUUCCUGUGCUGGUGCUAAUCCUCAUAUCAGUGUUUACUCAGAUGAUGGCCACUAACCCGCCCUACAGUCUCUUCUAUAAGCCGGCCAUGGGGCUGGUGGUGUCCAGGGAGACGCAGCACAUGGGUGUACCGUACUAUGUGGACAAAAGUUUUGAGAAGGAAUACCGUGGAGCUUCGCUGGAUGAACUAGAGAAAACUAUUGAGAGCGACUAUAUCGAACAUCUGCAGAACAGCUGCUGGAAAGAGAAACAGCAAAAAUCAGACUUGGCAAACCUCGGACAGCUGUACCGAGACGAGCGGUUAAAGCAGAAGGCCGAGUCGAUGAGGCUGGACAACUGUGACAAACUGCAUCGACUGGUCGGCCGUCAGAGAGGAAAAUGAGGACUGUUUGAGAGGAGAACGCGUUUCUUUACAGACUUUACAAUAACGCAUUUUAUUGAAGUGUGUAAUUUAUCCAAUCCGGCCACUUUGUAAAGAAAUCCCUUUUAGGUACAGCGCAGUCAGUGGGAGAUUAAGCCACUGGAAACAAUGUGCCUUCUCUCCUCUUUGAUGGUAGAAAAUAAGAGUUGCAUGUUAGCUGCCAGCCUCGGCUGUGGUGGUAGCAGCAGCGUCAAGUGCAAACUCACUGUGGCAGUGUGGAUGAUGUCUCAGAGCCUUUAAACUUUCUUAUAGAAAUGGCAUGACAUAAGGGGUCUCCCUUUGGGGUUAUGAAGGCAGUAGUGUGUUCACUCAUACAUGAUUUAAUCGUUCAGGUUUUGUAGCUCACCUGUAUUUAUUUUUCUUUAAUGUUUUUGUGUCCUUGCCGAAAUUGUAGGUGUUAUUUAAUAGUUAAUGGAGUGAUUGUUGCCUGAGCAUCUUGGCUCAUCUUCUUUUUUUUUCUUUUUUUUCUGUAGGAAGUAUUAAAAUACAGUGACUAAUAUAGUACUGUAGUCUUUGGACAAAUCGGAGCGCUUCUGUACUGUGAAAUAACAGAGGAGCUUUUAUUUAUUAUUACAACACUGACAAAUCAGAUUUACUGUGGUUAAUCAGGCAAGCUAAAGCUAAAGCAAUAGGAGGCACAUGACAGUAAAGUUUAACAGAUCUUGACAUCAUUUUUCUGAUUGUGUGAUCGUAAAAGGUUGCACUUGCCAACGAUUGAGCCGUCUCCGACUGUGGAGCUUCCUGCUGCCUGCACUGCUGCUCGCAUAGGGGUUUAUUACAUUGGUCAUUAAGCUUCCAUUCAAGAGGUUUUUUCAGUUCUCUAGCUGCAGGCAUAUGUUUGAGGUUUAAGCGAGAGAAAUGACUGUUGUGUGUUGAAUUUGUACUUUUGUUUCGUCACAAGCAAAGAGUCCAGUUCAACCAAAAAGCCCGUUCACAGUCCUGCUCAGCGUCCUGGUGGAUACGAGAAGCUCGACUGUGAGCGGUAUCUGUAAGGUCGCUUUGGCUUAAAUAGCAUGCAAUACCUCCUUUUCCUCAAACAAUGCAGAAGCUUACAUUCUUUUGUUUCGUAGUAGAAUACUACUUGGCCCAUGUUUAAUAAAUGUUUCAUAAAUUCUGCACCUUUUUAAUUUAUACUAAUGUUUUAUAAGGAAGAAUACUUUUGUUCACAUCUCUAUCAGAAUCAUUAUCAGUUUAAAUCGUUGUGACUUUUGCUUGUCUUGAUCUCAUCAUGAGUAGGACGCUAACCUUGUGGAGGUGUUAACUUUAAUUCUUUAUACCAACCACAGAUGAUCCAAACCCUAUACAGACACUGAUACUUGUUUCUGUGCACCAAGACUGCCAAACUGCCUUAGCUGUGCUCAUACUUGCAAAAGAUUCAGGUUCAUCCUAAGCACUUUUAAGUUAAUGUUCAAUCCUCUGUUCCCUAUUGUUCCCUAUUGCAUGCACCCUAGUGAGAGAGUGUUUUAUUAGUUACGUGUUUAAUUUUUUCAGCAACCACAUCUUCAUAACUACUGACACAGUAAAUGUUGAUUGAUUUAGAAUAUUCAGGUCCACACUGUAACUCAAAACAUGUGAAACCUUUACUGUGAUACGCAAAUAUCAGGUUUUGGUAUCAGUCGGGGUUGUAGUUCAUCAGAGCAGCACUGCAGAAUUCAGUUUUCAGCCAAAUAUACCUGAAAAUUAAAGAUGU